UGGAGCCGGGACACAACAGACAGACCAUGGGAUGGACUUCGACCUCAUCGCCAGCAGCAACCGGACGGCGGCCGCGGAGCACAGCUCCCGGCUCCGGGCCGUCACCCUCGCCUGGCUCUCCGCCUCCAACCGGAGCAACGAGUCCCGGGCGGGGGAGCCGCUGAGCGGUGACUUGGAGGCGGGGGGAGGCUCCUCGGCCGCCGCCCGCAUCAUCAUGUCGGUGGUGUACUCGGUGGUGUGCGCCCUGGGGCUGCUCGGGAACCUGCUGGUGCUCUACCUGAUGAAGAGCAGGCGGAGCUGGAAGAAAUCCUCCAUCAACCUGUUCGUCACUGGACUGGCGGCCACCGACUUCCAGUUCGUGCUGACCCUGCCCUUCUGGGCGGUGGACACGGCGCUGGACUUCAGCUGGCCCUUCGGCCGCCUCAUGUGCAAGCUGGUCUCCCUGGUGACCGUCAUGAACAUGUACGCCAGCGUCUUCUUCCUGACCGCGAUGAGCAUCGCCCGCUACUGGUCGGUGGCGUCCGCCCUGAAGCCCAGGAGCAAGCUGAGCGGCUGCUCGGCCAUGUGGGUCAGCAUGGUGAUCUGGAUCUCCGCGGCUCUGGCCAGCGUCCCGCACGCCGUCUUCUCCACCACCACCAAAGUCUCCAACGAGGAGCUGUGCUUGCUCAAGUUCCCGGACCACAACGGCUCCAGCCAGUUCUGGCUGGGUCUCUAUCAGAUCCAGAAGGUGCUGCUGGGCUUCCUCAUCCCGCUGGUCCUCAUCACGGUCUGCUACCUGCUCUUGCUGCGCUACGUGACCAACAGGAACAUCAGCAGCUCCAGCGCCAGCCGGAGGUCCAGGGUCACCAAGUCUGUCACCAUCGUGGUACUGUCCUUCUUUCUGUGCUGGCUGCCGAACCAGGCGCUGACUUUCUGGGGGGUUCUGGUCAAACUCAACGCCGUCCAGUUCAGCUCCGAGUACUACACCGCCCAGUCCUACGUCUUCCCCAUCACCGUCUGCCUGGCUCACACCAACAGCUGCCUGAACCCCAUCCUCUACUGCCUGAUGAGGAGAGAGUUCCGCAAGGCGCUGAAGGGCAUGUUCUGGAGGAUCUCCUCCCCCACCAUUAUACACAUGCGGCCCUUCACAGCCAGCACCAAGCCCGAGCAGGAUGAGCAGAGGCAUGUCAUCAUUCCGAGAAACCCGGUCCAGCCGCCGGAAGUUUUGUAUUACCCCCCGGGGGCUGUGAUGUGCAAUGGGCGAUACGACAUCUUGCCCGCCAACUCUGUGGAGCCCCGCUAUUAAGGAGUUCCCUGGCUUGGGGAACGGGAUAGGUUGUUCCGCUUUUUUUUAGAAGAACAAUAUAAUUCCUCUCUAAAUCCUUUCCAAAUGGUACAGUAGUCCAAGUCUGCCGAGGUUUGGUCAACUCCUGAACGAUUCUCACUUUGCCAUUCCAGUUCGAUCGUGUCUCCAGCCCGAGUUGCUCUGGGUUAAUCGGUUGGAUAGCUGAAAGCGCACCAGUGCCAAAGCCAACACCAGCGGUGCGAACAGAGAGUCACAUCGGACUCCAAGCAUUAACUAUUUUCUCUCUGUACAUAUACACCCGCCGACUUUCUCCGCCACUUUUUGUUGUAACGUUUAUACGCGUUGCCCUGAACGGCGAAAUUCCCUUUCCGAAAUCGCUACAGCGCAUCGGGACUGAGUUACCGCCAGGCAACACUCCCUGCAAUGAAACACAAAUGGAUCCCACGAGAUUGUUGUGAAAUAAUAAUCGGAUUGGAACCAAGUACAGCUCAUUUUAGUGUACAGCACCAAAAACCACCAAGUAGGGCACUCGCACUUUUCCGAACGAAAAUACUCACCAUGUCUACGCAAGAAACAUUGAGUUCGAUCUCUUACAAUAGUUUGUAGCCUUCUUUAAAAAAAUACUAUGAAUUAUAGUAAACAUCGUGACACAGACUCAAGCUGUAUGUUUCAUUUAAUCAGAGUGACAAACUGAGCAGAAAAUAAAUCAAUUUCAUUCUGUAAAAGGCGUCAGGUGAAAUGCCAGCAACUGUGAGACGGGUUGCCAUAUCUCCGUGAAGCCCUGAGAGAGACACAGUCGUUUUCAAUUCAAAUUGCAAUCAAUGUGCUCUCCAAAUUACAGUUUAUCUCCGUCCUUUACAUUCUUCCUUCAUUUUUCGGUCCGAGACAUUUAUUGUAAAAUUCUCCGUCUUCAUAUAAUUUGCCAUUCGCAUUCUACAUGACCGAUGAAUGAUCCAAACCACCGAUCUGUGGAGAUUCUGGUUGACACAAGACCUAAACUGAUGAAUUCACCAGUGCUGGAGUGAUGAAAAUGAGAGAUGUUGAAGAGGCCAGAAUCAUAGUAACAGAGAAUUCUUUGAAGGUUUUACUAAAUUAUAGAGGUUAGAUUUGGGUACAAAAAUUAAAACUUUAAAUCUGAGACAUUGUUAGAUUGAAAAACACUGAAUCAGUGAGCGCAAGAGAAAAGGUGACUUGGUGAAAGAUAACAUACAGUAGAAGAGUUUCGAAUGAGUUACUUAAGGUCAAAGGUGGAAAGUCUUUCAGUAAAAUUUAAAAACUGUUUGCCAGUAAGAAAUCAUUUUACUCAAUAAAUGUUCUUCUGUGCAAGCCAAAAACAAGCAGUUUACAAAUAUAAAUGUGAGCAAAGAUGUUUCUAAUUCUACAAAGACAAGACAACCUAAACAUUAGAGAUGUUCAGAAGGUAACAUGCAAUUGCAGAAAUGCUGUUUGGGUAUUAUAAAUAAUCAUAUUACCUUUGAAUGGCAUUCAGGAAAAAACAGUCUUACUGACUUCUGUGUUCCUUAUUGAAAGGUGCGCUCAUGGAUAUUGAGUGAAGAUUGGUAUCUUUCAUUAUUAGGUUGCAUGCUGCAUUCACUGUUCAUAUUAACAUAUGAAAAAUUACCACCUGCUUGACAUACCAAAGAAUGGUAAGCACCUAUGGAUGUAUAAUACUCAAGCAUCUGUGAUUCAUGGUAUUGGGGAAUAAAAUAUUGGAACACUCUUGGGGAUCAAUAUUAACUUAGUUUGCCCUUUGGGAAUCCAAUGGGAUCAGGUGGAUUUCUGGGUUUCUAUCAAUUAGGGCAAAUGAAGUUUAACGUAUUGUUGGGAGCACAACUAGUGCUGCACAGAUACCAUUGGAUAGCAAGUUAGCUAAAAUGAUCUUCCCUUUAAGUGUCCUGGUGCUAUCAUGAGCUAAAAACUGAAAGAGAACCAGUAUAUUCUUCAGCAUGUUUCCAGGUUUUUACUAUAAACUGUAUAUUGCGCUAUGGUCAUCAUUAUUGCUUGCUUUACCUUUUGUAACAAUAAACAGAUAGAGAGAGAGAAGUCACACAAUUUGUCAAUUACAUUUUGUUGUUAAUACUGCACUGAUUGCCAUUUAUGUGAAUGGAGCAUGUAAUCACGUAACAGCAAAAAAGGCAAGUAUAUGAAAAAAACUUUUUUAACUUUGCAGACCUUGUGGGUUUCAGUCUCAAGAGAGUGACACUGUAAUGAUCACCACGCAUGAUUCUCCCUGAUUUAUAUUUAACAUCUGGUACGAUUAGCAUGCUGACAUGUUGAAUUGUCUGUGAAUUUAUCAGUAUUGCACAAGACACAAAAGUGGAUCUGUGAAGCAAUUGAGAUGCUGAGGUUGUUUCGGCAUUUUUGGUGAAAAGAAUCUUCAAGUCUAAGUAUUUCCCUUAUGUAAAUAUAGCAACUUCAACUAGUCACAUUUUUACCAGUUUAUUUUCAAAAGAUAGAUUGCUUAGUCUUAAUUCAUUGAGAUAAUUUGUCUCAGUUUGCAAUAAUCCAAUAGAAUGUCUUGGGCAAAUGUUGUUUGCAUGUGCAAAUCAAAAUUUCUUCAUGACUAUUUAGCUUUAAUUUUUGCGCCCACACAUUUGAAGUUGAUGAUGACCUUAAGGCAUCUGGGACCUUGGUGAACAAUGGGGCACACAUUCCUUUGCUAAUGAGAUUUAAAUAUUGAGGAAAUGAAUAUCUAAGAGUGAAUUUAAGAAGUUGAAUUCAAAGUAGAAACAGAAACUGAAGUAAAGAGAGAGAACAAAAGACUGAAUAAGAAGAUAAUUAUUAAAAGAGUCAAAGGGCAAGUAACACAAAAUUUUUAAAAGCUCCAAUAACAAUUCUCAUAAAACUCCAAAAGAUUUCAUUUUAAUUAUUAUUUUAAUUAUCCAUUUUCUAGGCUGGAGAAACAGAUUGGUAAUCUUUCAUCAUUAUCCUAUUAUUAAAAAAAGCUGCUUAUGGUAUUAAUUACCAGGUGAAUUUUCUGUGGCAUGUUUUGUGGAAAAUCAAUGUGCAAAUAUAGCAAUUUCAUAAAACUCAUAGGGUGAUUAAGGAUGAAAUGGUAUUUACACAAAUCUAUCAAUGAAAUAAUGCUAAUUGUCCAUCAACUUGUGGAAAUCAUCAUUUUUUAAAAUUUGUUGAUGGUGUGUGGGCUAGAGCAGCUUAUAUUGCCCUCCUUUAUCUACCCUAAAUUCAUAAAUGUCACUCCCUCAAUACACAACACAUUAUACAUUAAGAAUGGUCUGAAUCAUUCAUGGCCAUUAAUUCUUCAGCAAAAUAUGGUUUGUUCUUGAAAAUGUUGAUCUUUCACAUCAUAAACAUACCUUUUGGAACUAAAGCAUUGCAGAAUUCAGUCUCUUGUCAUAGUGAACUGAUUGUGGCUAGGGUUUAUAUUAAGAGGUUUAUUAUAGUUUGAUGUCAGACUCUCAGAAGAUUAAUACCAAUUAUUAUCAUGUUUACAAAAAUAUUACAGUUAUUGUUAA